CGUGAUGCUCCUGUCAAAGAGGCUGGGACUCCAGCCUGUACCAUUAUGCUGCUAUAUAGCCUAUUAGCCUUCACCGGAGCGGAGAUGGGCUUCAAUUAGGAGGGAAUACAGUCGAUAUUAAAACGUCGGUUUACACGCCUCAGAAUUGCUUGCAGACUCUUUUCGCACGUGCUUGCAGCCUGCCAGCGUGGCCUAAGUAUGGCAGAGCAGGACUCCACCGGGAAGAAGCUUCCAGCAGUGGCUGCGCUGCACUCUCACUUCAUCGUGGGUUCUGUGUCUGAGGAAAACUCUGAGGAUGAAACCGCAGGGAAGCUGGACCUGCAGAUGGAGGAGAAUCCGCGCUCCCUUUCCCCCUCUUCAGUCAGUUCAGACAGCACUUAUGAGAUGGGCUUCGACAGCCUGGACGGACCCUUGCACAAUAUGAGGCCUAGCAUGUCAGGACUUCACCUUGUGAAGCAGGGCAGGAACCGCAGACGCAUCGACUUGCAGAGGGACUUUACUGUCGCUUCCCCCGCUGAAUUCGUCACCCGAUUUGGUGGCAACAAAGUCAUUGAGAAGGUUCUCAUUGCUAACAAUGGCAUCGCUGCAGUUAAGUGCAUGCGCUCCAUCCGUCGCUGGGCUUAUGAAAUGUUUCGGAAUGAACGGGCCAUACGUUUUGUAGUCAUGGUUACCCCGGAGGACCUCAAAGCCAAUGCAGAGUAUAUCAAGAUGGCAGAUCACUAUGUACCUGUCCCAGGAGGGACAAACAACAACAACUAUGCUAAUGUGGAACUCAUUUUGGACAUAGCUAAGCGAAUUCCCGUUCAGGCUGUAUGGGCCGGUUGGGGUCAUGCCUCUGAGAACCCCAAACUCCCUGAAUUGCUGCACAAGAACGGCAUAGCCUUCAUGGGUCCACCUAGUCAGGCUAUGUGGGCUCUUGGAGAUAAGAUCGCCUCUUCUAUUGUGGCCCAGACAGCUGGCAUCCCCACACUACCCUGGAGUGGAACAGGGCUGACUGUAGAGUGGACAGAGAAUGACCAGAAGAAAGGAAUUGUUAAUGUCCCUACUGAGCUGUACGAGCAGGGCUGUGUACAUGAUGUGGAGGCUGGACUGAAGGCGGCUGAACAAAUAGGUUACCCUGUGAUGGUGAAGGCGUCUGAAGGCGGAGGAGGAAAAGGUAUCCGGAAAGUCAACGGUGCAGAAGACUUGCCCAACCUCUUUAGACAGGUUCAAGCUGAGGUUCCGGGUUCCCCGAUCUUUGUCAUGCAAUUGGCCAAACAUGCUCGCCACCUGGAGGUACAGAUUUUGGCUGAUCAGUACGGUAACGCCAUCUCCCUGUUCGGCCGCGACUGCUCCGUCCAGCGCAGACACCAGAAAAUCAUUGAAGAGGCUCCGGCUACUAUUGCCACCUCUGAUGUGUUUGAGGAUAUGGAGAAGUGCGCAGUGAGGUUGGCAAAGAUGGUGGGCUAUGUGAGUGCAGGCACAGUGGAAUAUCUCUACAGUCAAGACAGCAGCUUUUACUUCCUAGAGCUCAACCCUCGUCUUCAAGUGGAACAUCCUUGUACUGAGAUGGUGGCUGAUGUUAACCUGCCUGUGGCCCAACUGCAGAUCGCUAUGGGCAUCCCACUUCACCGCAUUAAAGACAUCAGGGUGAUGUACGGGAUGCAGCCAUGGGGAGAUUCCCCCAUUGACUUUGAUGGACUCUCCACUACCCCCUCUCCGCGAGGACAUGUAAUUGCAGCUCGAAUUACUAGCGAGAACCCAGAUGAGGGCUUUAAGCCCAGCUCAGGAACUGUCCAGGAGUUAAAUUUCCGCAGUAACAAGAAUGUGUGGGGCUACUUCAGUGUAGCGGCUGCUGGAGGGCUGCAUGAGUUUGCAGACUCUCAGUUUGGCCAUUGCUUCUCCUGGGGAGAGAACCGUGAGGAGGCCAUCUCAAACUUGGUGGUGGCCCUCAAGGAGCUGUCCAUCAGAGGAGACUUCAGGACUACAGUGGAGUAUCUUAUAAAGCUGCUAGAAACAGAAAGUUUCCAGCACAAUAGCAUCGACACAGGUUGGCUGGACAGACUCAUCUCAGAGAAGAUGCAGGCCGAGCGUCCUGACACUAUGCUGGGUGUAGUGAGUGGAGCUCUGCAUGUGGCUGAUGUCAAUCUCAGAAACAGUGUGUCCAAUUUCCUGCAUUCACUGGAGAGAGGGCAGGUUUUACCUGCACACACGCUGUUAAACACAGUAGAUGUUGAGCUAAUCUAUGAGGGGACCAAAUAUGUUCUCAAGGUGACCAGACAGUGUCCUAACUCUUACGUGGUCAUCAUGAAUAACUCUGCGGAGGUGGAUGUUCAUCGGUUGAGCGACGGGGGUCUGCUGCUCUCGUAUGACGGCAGCAGCUACACUACCUACAUGAAGGAGGAAGUGGACAGGUAUCGCAUCAUUAUUGGUAACAAGACAUGUGUGUUUGAAAAAGAGAAUGAUCCUUCACUCCUGCGCUCACCAUCUGCUGGGAAACUCAUCCAGUAUACUGUGGAGGAUGGUGGACACCUGUUUGCUGGACAGAGUUAUGCAGAAAUCGAGGUGAUGAAGAUGGUGAUGACCCUGACGGCCUCAGAGUCUGGUUGUAUUCACUAUGUGAAGAGAGCAGGUGCAGUGCUGGAGCCGGGCUGUAUCAUCGCCAAACUGCAGCUGGACGAUCCCAGCAGAGUACAGCAGGCGGAGCUGUUUACAGGAACAUUACCCAGUGUUCAGUCCGUGGCUCUCAGGGGAGAGAAGCUUCACAGAGUCUUCCACAGCACUCUGGAUCACCUAGUGCACAUAAUGAAUGGCUACUGUCUGCCAGAGCCCUUCUUCAGUGCCAAGCUGAAAGAAUGGGUGGAGCGUCUGAUGAAGACUCUGAGGGACCCCUCUCUGCCGCUGCUGGAGCUUCAGGACAUCAUGACGAGCGUUUCAGGCCGUAUCCCUCCUGCCGUAGAGAAGUCUAUCAAGAAAGAAAUGGCUCAGUACGCCAGCAACAUCACCUCUGUCCUCUGCCAGUUUCCCAGUCAGCAGGUUGCCAAUAUACUGGACAGUCAUGCUGCCACGCUGAACAGGAAGUCAGAAAGAGAAGUCUUCUUCAUGAACACGCAGAGCAUUGUACAGCUGGUUCAGAAGUACCGCAGUGGCAUCAGAGGGCAUAUGAAGGCAGUGGUGAUGGACCUCCUCAGGCAGUAUUUAAGAGUGGAAGUUCAGUUUCAACAUGGUCACUAUGACAAGUGUGUAUUUGCACUACGAGAGGAAAACAAAGGGGACAUGGCUAAUGUGCUCAACUACAUAUUCUCUCAUGCACAAGUCACAAAGAAGAACUCUCUGGUCACCAUGUUGAUUGAUCAGCUGUGUGGACGAGACCCUACUCUGACAGAUGAGCUCAUGGCAAUACUCACAGAACUCACACAGCUCAGCAAGACCACUAAUGCCAAGGUGGCGUUGCGGGCACGGCAGGUUCUCAUUGCCUCGCACCUUCCGUCAUACGAGCUGCGACACAAUCAGGUGGAAUCCAUCUUCCUGUCUGCCAUCGACAUGUACGGGCAUCAGUUCUGCAUUGAAAACCUGCAGAAACUGAUCCUGUCAGAGACAUCCAUCUUUGAUGUGCUGCCAAAUUUCUUUUACCACAGUAAUCAGGUGGUACGGAUGGCUGCUUUAGAGGUGUAUGUUCGUAGAGCUUAUAUCGCUUAUGAACUCAACAGCGUCCAGCACCGUCAGCUGAAGGACAACACGUGCAUCGUGGAGUUCCAGUUCAUGCUGCCCACAUCCCACCCCAACAGAGGGAACAUCCCCACUCUAAACAGGAAACUGUCUGCCCCACUUCAGGACUACAAACUUCCAGAUAUCACAGCUAACGCUAGUGCUGCCACAGGGGCAGCUAGUGAGUCUGCUGAGAAUGAGGACAGCAUUCAAGAUGAGCCGAUUCAUAUCCUUAAUGUGGCCAUAAAGACAGACAGUGACAUUGAUGAUGAUGGGUUAGCAGCCAUGUUCCACGAGUUUACUCACUCUAAGAAAUCUCUGCUAUUUGAGCACGGCAUCCGAAGACUUACCUUUUUGGUUGCUCAGAAGAGAGAAUUCCCCAAAUUUUUCACUUUUCGAGCUCGAGGCAAGUUUGAGGAGGACCGUAUCUACAGGCACUUGGAACCUGCCUUGGCUUUCCAGCUGGAGCUCAACCGCAUGCGAAACUUUGCACUGACGGCCAUCCCCUGUGCCAACCAUAAGAUGCACCUGUACUUGGGAGCUGCCCGCGUGGAAGUGGGCACUGAGGUCACAGAUUACCGCUUCUUUGUGCGGGCCAUCAUCCGCCACUCGGACUUGGUCACCAAGGAAGCGUCAUUUGAGUACCUGCACAACGAGGCAGAACGUUUGCUGCUGGAGGCCAUGGAUGAGUUGGAAGUGGCCUUCAACCACACCACAGUGCGCACUGACUGCAAUCACAUCUUCCUAAAUUUUGUCCCAACCGUCAUCAUGGACCCUUCUAAGAUUGAGGAAUCUGUGCGCUCCAUGGUCAUGCGCUACGGGAGUCGCCUCUGGAAGCUCCGUGUGCUCCAAGCCGAGCUGAAGAUUAACAUCCGACUGACACCCACUGGCAAACAGAUCCCCAUCCGCCUCUUCCUGACCAAUGAGAGUGGCUACUACCUGGACAUCAGCCUGUACAAGGAGGUCACAGACUCCCGUACAGGACAGAUCAUGUUCCAGGCAUAUGGAGAUAAGCAGGGUCCUCUUCAUGGCAUGCUCAUCAACACACCCUAUGUCACUAAAGACCUCCUGCAGUCCAAACGCUUCCAGGCCCAGAGCCUCGGUACCACCUAUGUCUAUGACUUCCCAGAGAUGUUCCGUCAGGCUCUGAAGAAGCUAUGGCAGUCCAUGGACGCACACGCCAACUUACCCAAGUGUCCUCUUCCAUCGGAAUUGCUGACCUUCACAGAGCUGGUUCUGGAUUCUCAGGGUCAGCUAGUGCAGAUGAACCGCCUACCUGGAGGAAAUGAGAUUGGCAUGGUAGCAUGGCGGAUGACUCUCCGAACCCCUGAGUACCCGGCUGGCCGUGAGAUUAUUGUGAUCAGCAAUGACAUCACACAUAAGAUUGGCUCCUUCGGGCCGCAGGAGGAUGUGCUGUUCCAGCAGGCUUCAGAGAUGGCGCGGGAAAGCGGCAUCCCACGAAUCUAUAUCGCUGCCAACAGCGGAGCCCGGAUUGGCCUGGCAGAGGAGAUCAGACACAUGUUCCAUGUGGCCUGGCAGGAUCCAGCAGACCCCUACAAGGGCUUUCAGUACCUGUACCUCACACCUCAGGACUAUAAGAAGGUGUCUGCUCUGAACUCAGUCCACUGUGAACAUGUGGAAGACGAGGGUGAAUCAAGGUAUAAGAUCACUGAUAUCAUUGGUAAAGAGGAGGGGUUGGGUGUGGAGAACUUGAGAGGUUCUGGCAUGAUCGCGGGUGAAUCUUCACUGGCAUAUGAGGAUAUCAUCACCAUGAACCUGGUAACAUGCAGAGCCAUUGGAAUCGGAGCAUAUCUGGUGAGACUGGGCCAAAGAACCAUACAGGUGGAGAACUCUCACAUCAUCCUGACUGGAGCUGGAGCUCUCAAUAAGGUUCUGGGUCGCGAGGUGUACACCUCCAAUAACCAGCUGGGUGGAGUACAGAUCAUGCACAAUAAUGGAGUCACACACACCACUGUGUGCGAUGAUUUUGAGGGAGUGUUUACGUUACUGCUCUGGCUGUCUUACAUGCCGAAGAAUAAGUCGAGUCCUGUGCCAAUACUCAGUGCUAAAGAUCCCAUUGAUCGGCCAGUGGAGUUUGUUCCUACAAAGGCACCUUAUGACCCACGCUGGAUAUUAGCGGGACGUCCCAGUCAGAACACUAAGGGUGCGUGGGUGAGCGGGUUCUUUGACCACGGCUCUUUUCUGGAGAUCAUGCAGCCGUGGGCACAGAGUGUAAUCGUAGGACGGGCCAGGUUGGGCGGGAUCCCGACUGGAGUAGUUGCAGUAGAAACCCGAUCAGUGGAGCUUUCUAUCCCAGCAGACCCAGCGAAUUUGGACUCCGAAGCCAAGAUCAUCCAACAAGCAGGGCAAGUGUGGUUCCCUGACUCUGCUUUUAAGACCGCACAGGCCAUUAAAGACUUCAACAGGGAGGGGCUUCCACUCAUGGUGUUUGCCAACUGGAGAGGCUUCUCUGGAGGGAUGAAAGACAUGUAUGACCAGGUGCUGAAGUUUGGAGCGUAUAUAGUGGACGGGCUGAGAGAAUACAGACAGCCAGUGCUGGUGUACAUCCCUCCACAAGCAGAGCUCAGGGGAGGAUCAUGGGUCGUCAUAGACCCCACCAUCAACCCUCGCCACAUGGAGAUGUAUGCAGAUAAGGACAGCCGUGGUGGCGUGCUGGAGCCUGAAGGCACGGUGGAGAUCAAGUUCCGUAAAAAAGACCUGGUGAAGACCAUGAGACGGGUGGACCCUGUAUACAUGGGGCUUGCAGAAAGACUGGGCACCCCAGAAUUGAGUGUGUCUGAGCGUAAAGAGCUGGAGAGUAAACUGAAAGAGAGAGAAGAGUUCCUGCUGCCAAUAUAUCAUCAAGUAGCCGUGCAGUUUGCCGACCUUCAUGACACACCGGGCCGCAUGCAGGAGAAAGGAGUCAUCACUGAUGUCCUGGAGUGGCGGACAUCUCGACUGUUCUUCUAUUGGCGCUUGCGGCGGUUACUGCUGGAGGACACGGUUCAGAGGAAGAUCCAGUGUGCCAAUAGUGAGCUGACAGACGGGCAGGUUCAGGCCAUGCUCCGCCGCUGGUUCGUGGAAGCAGAGGGAGCUGUGAAACCUGGUUCAAGCUAACCCUGAAGUGGCCAUGGACUCUAUUGUUCACAUGACCCAGCACAUUUCCCCCACGCAGCGUGCUGAGGUGGUCCGAAUCCUGUCCACCAUGGACGCCCCUGCGUCAUCAUAGAGCCCUGUUUACACACAAUCAUCUCAGAGGCAUGAUGUUACUGGAAACUGGAACUAGAGGAGCCAACAUGGCGGUGCUGCGAUGUUAUGUGACAUAGCAUUGUUGGCUAUGAUUCUGAAAGUAUGCUAUAACAGAGAUACUCCGUGUCAGUACCUACGAAUGCACAUCAAUGAGCACCUUUAGAAACACUAAAGUAAAACGUUCUAGUGUUGUGUUUAUAGUUUUGCAAUCUAGUCAAGUGCACUUUGAGACUUAGAUUGAACAGAGACCAAUUGUAGAAACUAGCUUCCCAAAGCUGCUGUUAGAGGAUGUUACACUUUUUUAGAAAUGGUUUUUUGUUUGUUUAAAAGGCAGUAGAUUAAUGUAUAAGAGAGAACUUUGCAACUUAAAAAUCAACUUUACACUUUCUCCUACAACAGUCAGGUGAUAACACGAGUCCACACUGAGAGUAAGCGAUCUCACAUCUAGAUCACUCCUGUUUCAGGAGUGAUGUAGCUGUAUUUCGUUGCAUCACUCACUGUGUAGACGUGGUAUUAUUCGUCACAUGCAUGACGGUCGAUUGAGCCGUAUGACCGCAUCAGAUUGUGACUACGCUUGUUUCAUUCCCUUGUGACUUAACCAAAAAAAUUAUAUAUUUUUUUUAAAUGUGUAUCCACUGGUAUUGUACUUAUGACGUUUAAUUUUUUUAGCAUAGAUAAAAUGCUGAGAAGACAUUAAUAACUUAUUAAACAUGUCUAAGUGCCGCACACUGUAGUUCAACAUGGUACACUGUAAUGUAAAUGUGUAACUGUAGAACGUGAUUAUUAUUCCAACAUAUUCUGGAAUGACAAGAGUGCAGUGCAGAAAUAUACUAAAUGAAAGCAUUGGAGGUGGCAGAGGAUAAUUAAGCAAAGUGAAUGGAGUAUUAUGCACAAUCUACACUGGCAGUCAUGAUGCUUUUUUUAGAUCCACAAUGUCUCAUUGGCAUCAUGAUGGUUGUCUCCACUACUGGAAAACAAGCUGCCACUCUAAUGCUAGCACUAAUAUUUGAUUCUAUGAAAGGUGAAAAUUGUGACAUGCUGUCACGCAAACAGUUGGUGGACUGUCUCAUGUGUCUAUAAGUGUUGCUAAACAUGUUACUGAAGAGAUCAGAAGCUGUCUCCAGUCAAAAUGGAGGAUUUCCUGUUUACUGUGGCAAGCUGUGAUUGCCUCUAAAAAAUAACUAAAUAAACUCAAAUUCUGACGUUAAAUUA